AUGGGUCACGAGGAUGCUGUCUACCUUGCCAAGCUCGCCGAGCAGGCUGAGCGCUACGAGGAGAUGGUCGAGAACAUGAAGAUCGUCGCCUCCGAGGACCGUGAUCUCACCGUUGAGGAGCGCAACCUCCUUUCCGUCGCCUACAAGAACGUCAUCGGUGCCCGCCGUGCCUCGUGGAGAAUCGUCACCUCCAUCGAGCAGAAGGAGGAGUCCAAGGGCAACUCUACCCAGGUCAGCCUCAUCAAGGAGUACCGCCAGAAGAUUGAGAGCGAGCUUGCCAAGAUCUGCGAGGACAUCCUCUCCGUUCUUGACCAGCACCUCAUUCCUUCCGCCACCACUGGCGAGUCCAAGGUCUUCUACCACAAGAUGAAGGGUGACUACCACCGUUACCUUGCCGAGUUCGCCGUUGGCGACAAGCGCAAGGACUCCGCCGACAAGUCGCUCGACGCCUACAAGAACGCUACCGACGUUGCCCAGACCGAGCUUCCUCCCACCCACCCCAUCCGCCUCGGCCUUGCCCUCAACUUCUCCGUCUUCUACUACGAGAUUCUCAACGCUCCCGACCAGGCUUGCCACCUCGCUAAGCAGGCCUUCGAUGAUGCCAUUGCUGAGCUCGACACAUUGAGCGAGGAGAGCUACAAGGACUCCACCCUCAUCAUGCAGCUCCUCCGUGACAACCUUACUCUCUGGACCUCUUCCGAGGCCGAGGCGCCCGCCGCUCAGGGUGAGGCUGCCACCGAAGAGCCCAAGGCUGAUGCCCCUGCGGCGGAGGAGCCCAAGGCCGAGUAA